AAAUGUUGCCGAGAUGCUGCUGAAAGGGCCAGAGAUGCCAGGAUUUGGGACACAUUUUGAACCUUUAAGCUGUCUGACAUUGACCUCCUUUCACAAUUAAUAAAGAAGAAGCAGGAGCUUAGGAUAUAUUAAAACCAACUCAUUAACACACUAACUGGACAAUGUUCUGCAACUAAUUCUACAUUUAAAGAACUGGAUUGGGACAAAAUAAAAUAAUUUCACAUUUCACUCAGUUUAUAAUAUGACUCGAUGGAGGAAAAUUUGAUAAGCAUGAGAGAAGACCAUUCUUUUCAUGUUCGUUACAGGAUGGAAGCUUCUUGCCUGGAACUGGCCUUGGAAGGGGAACGUCUGUGUAAAUCAGGAGACUGCCGUGCUGGCGUGUCGUUCUUUGAAGCUGCAGUGCAAGUUGGAACUGAGGACCUAAAAACACUUAGUGCUAUUUACAGCCAGCUGGGCAAUGCUUAUUUCUAUUUGCAUGAUUACGCCAAAGCAUUAGAAUACCAUCAUCAUGAUUUAACUCUUGCAAGGACUAUAGGAGACCAGCUGGGAGAAGCCAAAGCUAGUGGUAAUUUGGGAAAUACCUUAAAAGUUCUUGGGAAUUUUGAUGAAGCUAUUGUUUGUUGUCAACGACACCUGGAUAUUUCCAGAGAGCUUAAUGACAAGGUAGGAGAAGCAAGAGCCCUUUACAACCUUGGAAAUGUGUAUCACGCCAAAGGGAAAAGUUUUGGCUUCCCUGGGCCUCAGGACACAGCAGAAUUUCCUGAUGAAGUGAGAGACGCUCUGCAGGCGGCCGUGGAGUACUAUGAGGAAAACUUAUCAUUAGUGACAGCGUUAGGUGACCGGGCAGCCCAAGGACGUGCCUUUGGGAAUCUGGGAAACACUCAUUACCUCCUUGGCAACUUCAGGGAUGCAGUCAUAGCUCAUGAGCAGCGUCUCCUUAUUGCGAAAGAAUUUGGAGAUAAAGCGGCCGAAAGAAGAGCAUAUAGCAACCUUGGAAAUGCAUAUAUAUUUCUUGGUGAAUUUGAAACUGCUUCUGAAUACUACAAGAAGACACUACUUUUGGCUCGACAGCUUAAAGACAGAGCUGUAGAAGCACAGUCCUGUUACAGCCUUGGAAACACAUAUACUUUACUUCAAGACUAUGAAAAAGCCAUUGAUUAUCAUCUGAAGCACCUAGCAAUUGCUCAAGAGCUAAAUGAUAGGAUUGGAGAAGGAAGAGCCUGCUGGAGCUUAGGAAAUGCCUACACAGCACUUGGAAACCAUGAUCAGGCGAUGCAAUUUGCAGAAAAGCACUUAGAAAUUUCAAGAGAGGUUGGGGACAGAAGUGGUGAACUAACAGCACGCCUGAAUCUCUCUGACCUUCAAAUGGUUCUUGGUCUGAGCUACAGCACAAAUAAUUCCAUGAUGUCUGAAAAUAUUGAUUUUGAUAACAGUUUGCAUGGUGCACGCCCCAAGUUGGGACGCCGACACAGUAUGGAAAACAUGGAACUUAUGAAGUUAACACCAGAAAAGAUACAGAACUGGAACAGUGAAAUUCUUGCUAAACAAAAACCUCUUGUUGCCAAACCUUCUGCAAAGCUACUUUUUGUUAACAGAUUGAAGGGGAAAAAAUAUAAGACUAACUCUUCCACGAAAGUUCUUCAAGAUGCCAGUAACUCCAUUGACCACCGAAUUUCAAGUUCACAGAGGAAAAUUAGCGCAGACACCAUUGGAGACGAAGGGUUCUUUGACUUACUAAGCCGGUUUCAAAGCAACAGGAUGGACGAUCAGCGGUGUUGCUUACAAGAGAAGAAAUGCCAAACAGCUUCAACAGCAGCUUCUUCCACUCCCCACAAAAUGAUGCUAAAAACACCUUCUGUUUCUGUGGUGUCCCCCAACACAGACGAAUUUUUGGAUCUUCUUGCCAGCUCACAGAGCCGCCGUCUGGAUGACCAGAGGGCCAGUUUCAGUAAUUUGCCAGGGCUUCAUCUGACAAAAAACAACAGUCCGUCUGUGCUGGGCCACCUGAUGACUAAUAGCAGUAAAGAGCCUGAUGAAGACUUCUUUGACAUCCUCGUGAAAUGUCAAGGGUCCAGAUUAGAUGAUCAGAGAUGUGCUCCACCACCUGCUGCCACAAAGGGGCCAACUGUACCAGACGAGGACUUUUUCAGCCUUAUUUUACGGUCUCAGGCAAAAAGAAUGGAUGAACAGAGAGUCCUUUUACAAAGAGAUCAAAACAGAGACGCUGAACUUGGGCCAAAGGACCUUUUGCAAAGCAGUGCUUUGUUGGAAUUUAAAACUUCAGAACAGAGAUCAGCAAACCGCUAGUUAAAGAUAGAUACAUAUUUUUUUUAAAGGCAAUCUUACUUCCUUCCAGAACACUAAGGAAACUUAAUCUAUUCUUUUUCCUUGAAAAAAUGUGUAGCACUGUAACAGUUUAAGCUGUUUUUAGAAUGGUGUAAAUA